AUGGCGGAGUGCGGGCCGCAGCCGCCCGGGGGUGGCGGCGGCGGCGGCGGCGCCGGGGGGGGGAGCAGCGGGGCGGGGGCGCCGAGCCGGCACGAGAAGAGCCUGGGGCUGCUGACCACCAAGUUCGUGUCGCUGCUGCAGGAGGCCAAGGACGGCGUGCUGGACCUCAAGCUGGCUGCAGAUACCUUGGCUGUGCGACAGAAACGGCGCAUCUACGAUAUCACGAAUGUCCUGGAAGGCAUUGGGUUGAUUGAGAAGAAGUCAAAGAACAGUAUCCAGUGGAAAGGGGUGGGUCCUGGCUGCAACACGCGUGAAAUAGCUCACAAACUGAUCGAGCUGAAGGCAGACAUAGAGGACCUGGAGCAGCGGGAACAGGAGCUGGAGCAGCAGAAGAUGUGGGUUCAGCAGAGCAUCAAAAACGUUACAGAAGACGUGCAGAACAAUCGGUUAGCGUAUGUGACACAUGAAGAUAUCUGCAAGUGCUUCACAGGUGACACCCUCCUUGCAAUUCGAGCCCCGUCAGGCACGCGCUUGGAGGUUCCCAUCCCUGAGGGCCCAAAUGGGCAAAAGAAAUACCAGAUCCAUCUGAAGAGCACAAGUGGCCCAAUCGAUGUUCUCUUAGUAAACAAGGACGCUUGGAGCUCUCCUCCUGUCGUACUACCCGUCCCUCCCCCUGAAGACCUCAUUCAGUGCCAGGCAGUUGCACCCUCGAAACCACAGAUACCGCCGCUUGCCCACUUCCAGGAGGCAUCCGUUCCCAGCAGCACCCAGCCCUCUACGCCGACACCUUCCAGCACUCAGGAUCACAGCCCUCCUGCGCAGAAAGCCCCGAGCACAGAAUGCAGCGUCUCGGUGGCAGAGUCCAAGAGCAGCGGUGACCUUGACCCCCUCAGCAACGUGCCCGCGUCCACCGGCCAGACGGCCGGGUUGGAUACGCAGCCGCUGCAGUCCUCUGCCUCGCUGGACAGCAGCUCCGUCCUACCCAGCCCCUCUACCUCCUUUGAGCCGAUCAAGCCCGAUCCCACAGGAAUGCUGGAGCUUCCCAAAGAGCUGUCAGAGAUGUUUGAUCCAACGAGAGAAUGUAUGAACUCUGAGCUGCUGGAAGAGCUGAUGUCAUCCGAAGUGUUUGCUCCCUUGCUCCGCCUCUCCCCUCCUCCUGGAGAUCACGACUACAUCUAUAACCUGGAUGAGAGUGAAGGCGUCUGUGACCUCUUUGAUGUGCCUGUCCUUAACCUCUGACUUCUCAGUGCGGCUGUGAGCCUCGCAAAGACAGAACAUUUUGUAACUUUGGAAAGUGUCUAUUUUUGGAUUCCUUUUGUGCUAGAGCUCAACGAGUGAGUGAUUCAGAGAUGCUCUCAUACGGACUCAGAACCAAGAGAUGUGGACUUGCAGGCCGGGAGCCUCCUUGUAGCUUCUUUCUCUUCCUGUGUUGCACAUGCAAGGUCUUUGACUUAACUCGCCUCGCUGCACCUCUCUCUUCACCGGAUCCUGGGCCUCACUUCAAAGGGUCUGUGAUUUGAGUGCUCCCAGCUCACCUGUAGAGUUUUGCCCAUGUGCCUCUCCGAGCUUCCUCAAAUCUGCAUGCCUUGGUUUUCCUGCACUCCUAGAGGCACUUUGCACCUCUUAGGUACUAGCUGCUACACGGAGCCCUAAUAUUGUGUGGUCAGUUCACAAGUCCGGAUGUCAUUAGCUAGAUGUUCAGUGCGAGUGGUUCAGGUUGCGGUGGUUAUAUUUUGAAUGACAACAAGGAAAAAAACACGGCACCAAAGUGUCCAUUUCUUCCAGUGACUCCAGACCAAGCUAGUAUGUUUUACAAGAAAAAGCACUUUUUUUUUUUCAGCUGUUCCUCUUAGUAGGACCCAGGAGUUGAGCUGAGUUUCUCUGCUUUUGCAUCAGUAGGAAUACUGGUUCUCUUGUGGUGUCAGUUCACCAGUCUGCUGAUGCACAAGCCCAGGGGGUCCAGCUCCUCGUACAGCAGCUGUGCUGUUUCUGCAGGGCUGAAGAAGGUGUGCCAGUAUUAAUAUUGUUGUUGUUUUUUCUUAAGAGAUGCUUGAAAGGAUAAGAAUGCUCCAGCUGGUGCCUUUAAGGUACUCCAACUACAUCAGACCCUGCUCAUGUUAGCAUAUAACUGUUCUCCAACCAUUGCACUUGAGCCUUCAACUGUCUAAAAGGCAACCAAGCAGUAACAAUUCAGUAGUACUGUGCUGUGACAAGAUACAUAGGUGUCAUCAAACUAGUGUUUUGUUCCCCCCCCCCGCCUUUUUCCCCUCUUAGCAUCUGUUCAGGAUCAGGCUUUCUGUAUAUUUGAAUUUGCUCCUCUAGUGUCUGUAUCCGUGCUCCCAAUUCCUGAUCCUGUGGCAGGUUGCUGCCCACUGUGUUGCUUUCUCUGCAUCAUUUGUUCCCUGAGAUUCUCUUAAUUGUUUUGUUAACAGAAGGUCUGCUCUUGAGUGUUUUUUUCUGAUCAGUCUUUGACCCUGUGCAUUUUUUUUAUUGGAGUAAAAAUCCUUCAUGGAUUUGUGUUAUAUUUUGCAAGCCCCCGAUGUUUUUGGGUCAGAUCCUGCAUUUGAUUGUCGUCAGUUUUGCACAUCUUCCUGCCAACGCAGCGGUAGCAGCUGUCAUGCCUUUCCUGCUCAGCCAACUGCCGAAGAGAAGGCCGGGCCAGGAAGCGUGGCUGGGCAUUGCAGAGAGAGCUUGCAGCCAUCUGCACGGCCAGUCCAUGUUUGACUUCUGCUUAGCUGCUCGCCAUGUGUGAACCACAAAAAAAGCUGGAGCACGAGCAGUAAGGGAUGUAACUGGGAUGUCAAUGGGAUGUCUUCAGUCCUUGGAGCCUGCAGAGGUGAGAAGAGCGUAUGCUUGGGACCUCUCUUCCCGAGGCGGCUCCUUGUGCCAUUAUGUUCUUUGUGGGACUCCUCCAGAAGCUGUUCACUUCUGCAGCGUGGGAAGCUCGUGGUGUGAAGCACCAGCAUCCUCUAGGAGAAUCGUGAAGAAUUCAGUAGGAGCAGACGACAUUGGACACUUUCUAGUUUCUAGAUGGCAGUGGGCAGCUACUACUGGUGAGACGGAGACCGGGUGGGUGGUGAACUUUGCGUCCGCAUGCAGCAGUUCCUCAGCCUUCCCUCCUUUGCAUGGAAGCUACCCAAAAACUGUUGGUUCUGCUCGCGCGUUAGCUUGGCGCCGCGGCUUGUGCGUAGCUAGAGCUCUCGUCAGCGCGCUGCCCGACCUUUGCUCUCCCUCCAAGUGUUAAUGUUUGCCGUCGGUUAGACGAUGUUUGGGAAAAAAAAAGAGUUGUAGAGAAGAUUUACAGUAACAGAUUGAACUUUGAUUCAUAUAUAAAGAUUAUUUUUAUACUUCUUUUUUUUUUUUUUUUCUGAAAGGAAAGAAAAUUGCCUGUAAUAUUUGUACAGUUGUUCUCUGAGUGAAUAAACGACCCCUUUCCA